CCCGCUGAUCUGAGAUCAGUGAUUCUCCGGCGCGUCAGCAAAAAGGCAGCAGGAAAGCGAAAGUCAAGUGAGCGUUUUUUACAGUUUACAGAAUGCUAUCCAGAAAACUGGGCCAACAGCUGGGGCGACCCACUCAGUCUCUCACCGGAUGGCUGGUUACUAAGUUCCUGAAGCAGCAUAACAUGAUCCUGGAAGAAAAUGCAGUGAAGCUGUGUGAGAUCCAGCCUGAUGAGACAGUGUUGGAGCUGGGACAUGGUCCAGGCCUGGGUUUGCAGGCAGCUGUCCAGCUCCUCAAGGGGCCUGGAGGAAAGCUGCUCGGAGUAGAUUACUCCGACUACAUGCAUCACAUGGCUACAGAGAGAAUGCAGGAGCACAUUGCUAGUGGAAAAGUAACUCUGCACUGCUGUGACAUAACAGCAAUGCCAAUAAAAGACAGCAGUGUGGAUAAAGUGUUCCACUGCAAUUGCUACUACUUCUGGCCUGACCUGAAGUUAGCAGCCUCAGAGAUACACCGAGUGAUGAAACCAGGUGCGCUCAUGGUGACAACCCUCAGACUGAAUCGUAUUAGGUUAUUUGCAUCUAAGAAAGUGAUUCUUGGAGAGAGCUGGCCACCUGAAACUUACAUGGAGGCUCUGAAGUCCUGUGGUUUUGCAGAUGUCCGAAUGGAGAGCAGAACAGAAAAGCUUAUUCCAUUUGAAGCAAUUUAUGCCACUGCUGCAAAGUAAAGCAGCUGUCUGUCUGUCUCGUCGCUGACAUACAGUGGUGCUUGAAAGUUUGUGAACCCUUUAGAAUUUUCUAUAUUUCUGCAUAAA